AUGGCAUUUUCAGAUGCUUAUUUUCCUACAGCUCCACCUCUCAGUAAGUAUGAUGUCUUUAUCAGUUUCACUGGUAAGGACACACGUAACGGUUUCACUAGUCAUCUCUAUUCUGCUUUGUGCAGAAACCAAAUCGAAACAUUCAUAGACAACAGAAUUGAGAAAGGUGGCGAGAUCUGGGAAGAACUCGUGGAAGCCAUCAGAGACUCGAUGGUGUAUCUGGUCAUCUUCUCUGAACACUAUGCCCACUCCAAGUGGUGCUUGUGGGAGCUCGUUGAGAUCAUGGAAUGCAAGAACAAGAAGGAAGACUGCCAUGUUAUUCCUGUCUUCUACAUGAUCGAACCAAGCCAUGUUCGGAAGCAGACCGGAAGCUACUAUGGUGUGUUUGAGGAUUACGAGAGAAAUUUGGACCCUGGCCUUGUGCGCCAGUGGAGGAAGGUACUCUUUGAUGCAGCCAAUAUUGCAGGCUUCGAAUAUCAUGGUCACCAUAGCAGGACUGAAUCUAACCUCAUCGAAGGCAUAAUUCAAAUGAUUCUUCGGAAAUUAAAUCGCAAAUAUAGAAGUGAAGUCAGAAGUCCUUUUAUAUAUGACCAAAACUACGCAUGCAUUGAAUCUGUAUUGACCCAUUCAAAGGAAGUUCGAACCAUUGGGAUAUGGGGCAUGGGGGGUAUAGGAAAAACAACAAUUGCCACGGCUAUCUUUCAAGAGUUCUCUCCCUUAUAUGAAGGUAGUUGCUUCUUGGCAAAUGUAAGAGAAGAAUCAGAAAGGCAUGGCCUCAGUUACAUAUUCACUAGACUUCUUUGCGAGUUGCUACAAGAAGAGGUUUAUAUUAGCACUCCCAAGAUAGUGUCCUCUGCUAUUGUGCGCAGAUUGAGGCGUAAGAAGGUUUUCAUUGUGCUUGAUGAUGUAAAUACUUCUGAGCUUCUGGAAAAUUUGCUUGGAGUUGGACAUGAUUAUCUUGGAGCUGGUAGCAAAGUUAUUGUUACAACCCGAGAUAAGCAUGUUCUUCUGAGUAGAUCAAUUGAUCACAUUCAUGAAGUCAUGCAAAUGAAUGAUGAGAACUCUCUCAAACUAUUUAGCUUGAAUGCCUUCAAUAGAAUCCAUCCUCCCGAUGAAAAUGGAUAUUUGGAGCUAUCAAAAAGGACACUUGCCUAUGCCAAAGGUAUUCCAUUAGCUUUGAAAGUUUUGGGAUCAUUUCUUCAUUCAAAAAGUGAAAAGGAAUGGGACAAUGCACUGGAAAAGCUAAAGGAGAUUCCAAAUGCUGAUAUUCAAAAGGUGUUGAGGUUGAGCUUCAAUGAUUUAGAUCAUUCGGAGAAAGAUAUAUUUCUGGAUAUUGCAUGUUUUUUCAAAGGGCAAGAGAAAGAGAAAGUAACAACCAUAUUGAAUAAGUGUGGUUUCUACGCAGAUAUUGGAAUAAGAAAUCUCUUAGACAAGGCUCUUAUAUCAAUAGCUAUGAACCAAAGCAUACAAAUGCAUGACUUGAUACAAGAAAUGGGUCACAAAAUUGUUUGGGAAGAAUCUGUUGAGAAUCCAGGAGGACGCAGUAGAGUGUGGAAUGCUGAUGAAGUUUGUGACAUACUGAAAAAUGAUAAAGGAACUGAUGCAAUUGAAAGCAUAUUCUUGGAUUUGACUCAAAUCAAAGAUCUAGAAAUAAGCACCCAUGCCUUUAGAAAAAUGCUUAACUUAAGGCUACUUGCUUUUGCAAGUGGUAAUAUUAGUUUUGGUGGGAAGAGAAUUACUAACACUUCAAGUAUUCCAACAAAUAUGGUAUUGCCUGAUAACUUGAGAUAUAUUCAGUGGGAUGGAUGUCCACUGAAGUCUCUAUCAUCUAGCUGCUGGCCUACCAAGCUUGUUGAGCUUUCUAUGACUUACAGUGAUGUUGAGAAACUUUGGGAUGGUGCACAGAUUCCGCCAUUUAGGAAUAUGCAUGUUCUGGUGAAAGUGGACAUUUCUGACAGAGUGAGCAAGUUAGAAUCUACCAAGUCUAGUGAUAGCUUGCGUCAUAUUCACCCUUCUAUUUUCUGUCUCCAAAAGCUUGAUGGUUUAUAUGUGUAUCAUUGCAAAGGCCUAAAGAGUAUAUGCAGCAAUAAGUGUUCACCCUCUCUUCGAUCACUGGUGGCGUAUGGUUGCCCCAAUCUCCAAGAGUUCUCAGUCCCAAUGUCGAGAGAUCGUUCUGGAAUUAAUUUGCAUCUAAGACUAACUGCUGUGGAACGAUUACCACCAUCAGUUUUUCAUCUUAGAAAUCUUCAACACUUCUCAUUUGCAAUCAGUGAUGGUCUUAUGGAUCUUCCUUCAAAUUUUGCCUACCAAAUCAUGCUUUCUGACCCUACCAAGCAUGAAUAUAACACUGCAAUCACCUUACAUAAAGUACUACCUAGCCCAAUCUUUCAAUCUGUAAGGCGUCUGAUUUUUGAUAAUUGUUGUAGCUUAACUGAAAUCCCAGAAAAUAUCUCUCUGUUAUCAUCAUUGGUCCACUUAAACCUAUAUCAUUGCACCAAUGUCAUAAACUUACCCGAAAGCAUUAAGUAUCUUCCACGACUCCAGGUUCUUAGUGUAUAUCAAUGCGAAAUGCUUCAACUUAUACCAAUUCUUCCACCUUCUCUUAAACGCCUUAGGGUGUGGGACUGCCAAGCUCUAAAGACAGUAUUGAUCAGUGAAUCACAGAGGAAAGAUGAGGGUACUUUUAUAUUCCUUAACUGCAUAAAUUUGGAUGAAGAUUCAUACAGUGCCAUUUUAAGAGAUGCUAUUGUCAGGCCAGAGGUUGGGACACAAUCACCAUUAGCAUCAAAACUCGAAAAGCAAGAAGAUGCUUGCAUCAUUCUCGAUCGUGAUUGUUAUGUAAAUGUUGGCGAGACUUGUUGUUUCUUACCAGUUAGACACAAUAAACUUCUUGAUGAAUUGUUCCAUGAACACUCCACAGAAGCUUCUAUAAGUGUUGAACUGACUUCAAGUUCCAAAUUGUCUGGCUUCCUUUUGUACUUGGUUCUCUCUCAAGCACAGUUGUGUGACAUUGAAGGACAGAUAUUGUACAACGUUGAUGACUUCUUAAGUUUUGGAUGCGAGUGCUACUUGGAAACAAGUUGUGGCGAAAAACUCCAUACAAGAAGCUCGUCUGUGAUACAAUGGCACUGGGAUCAGCUAUAUCACAGGGUGAAUAUCAAGUCGGAUCAUGUAUUAUUAUGGUAUGAUGAAAAAUGUUGCGAGAAGAUAAUCGAAACAAUCAAUGGCAAGAGAUCCUCUUACAGCGCGAAACUUGCAUUUAAAUUCUUUGCUGGAAUUGCUAAUAAAAUGGAAACAGUGAUAAAAGGGUGUGGCAUCCGCUGGAUAUAUCAAAAUGUGGAGGAAGAAUCAAGAGAGCGUAAAUCCAAAAGAAACAGGGAAGUUUAUGAGUCAGUAGACAUUGCAUUCCAGAUUGGACAAGGUUCUGAAUCUCACCAGCAAGAACCAAUUCCUCCAACCAAAAAGUUUAAGCAAAGUUUUCUGCUGACGUCAGCCUCAUCAAUUGUUGAAGCAGAAGCGGCUGAGGACCUGAGGAAAAAAUCUGGCUUACCUGAAAGCAUUAAGUUUCUUCCACAACUCAAAGUUCUUAAAGUUUGUCACUGUGAAAUGCUGCAAUUUAUACCAGUGUUUCCACCUUCUGUUGAAUGCUUAAGUACCCAAGUGCCUUCAAGUUCUAACUUGUGUGGGUUCAUGUUCUACCUGGUUCUUUCUGAAGCACAAUCAUGCAUCAUUGAUGAACUUGUUAUUAACUUUGUGUGUGAAUGUUACUUGGAAACAAGUUGGGGAGAAAGUAUCCAUGUAGCAAGUUCCGUUGUCGUCGAAUGGGGCUGCGACAUGACCAUUGGAUACCAGCUGAAUGUUAUGCAGGAUCAUGUGUUGUUAUGGUAUGAUGAAGAAUGUUCAAAGCAGAUAAUGGAAACAGUUAAAGGAAGAGAAGCUAAUACUGAAAAGAAGUCCCAUUUUAAUGCAAAGAUGACAGUUAAGUUCGUUGCUCGGCUACCAAACAAAGAGGAAGCAAUGGUAAAAGAGUGUGGCAUUCGAUGGAUAUAUUCAAAUUUGGAGGAAGGAUCAUCAAGAGAGCAGAGAUCCAAGAGAAUCAUUGGAAGUUAA